AUGGAAGCUGGCAGCAAUGUGGGGGGCAGCAGCGUGGCGCGCAAAUCCCAGCGCAGCAGGGUGGUUUGGCAAGCCUCUCAAAAGGAGGCCCUGCUAUCAGCUUUCAGCAAGAGUCCUUACGUGAGCUUUGCACAGAGGCAGAACCUGGCCAGUCAAAUGGGGGUCCCCGAUUCCUGCAUCCGCGUGUGGUUUCAGAACCGCAGAAGUCGCACUGGAGCCGUGGGGCAGGAGCUUGGUUCCAGGGCACAGGGUGGAGGCAUGCCGUCAGACCACAGGCGGCCUCGCACUCGAAUCACUUCAGCCCAGCGCAGGAUCCUACUGCAAGCCUUCGAGAGGAACCCGCGGCCAGGCUUUGCUACUCGGGAGGAGCUGGCACAGAGGACAGGUUUGCUCGAGGACACGGUCUACAUCUGGUUUCAGAACAGAAGAGCGCGGUGCCUCAGCAGGGGCAGGCCCACAGCUCAAGAUCAAGACUUGCUGGCCUCAAGUGGGGCAGAUGAGGCCCGCGGAGGGCUUACAGAUUCCUCCAGUCCCAGCGACCUGCCAACCUUCUGCACAGAGUCCCAGCUGUGCCAAUCGGAAGAGCCCUGUGGACCAGUCCAAGAAGAGGCCCCCGCUCAAGCAAGGAACACAGGCCCUCUCGAGCUGUUCCUUCCUCAAUGGCUAGACCAAGCCCAAGCGGAGGAGCUUGUGCCAGCCCCUCUGGAUUUGGAUGGAGUUCUGGAUGGCAGGGAGCUGGAAGGUGCCCACGACAGCUUGUUGCCACUGCCUCCCACUGGCGGUGUGGCCAUGGAUCCAUCGAGUCCCAGCGACCUCCCGACCUUCUGCACAGAAUCCCAGCCAUCCCAAGUGGAAGAGCCCUCCGGACCAGGCCAAGCACAGGCCCCCACUCAAGCAAGCAACACAAACCCUCUGGAGUUCUUCCUUGAUCAACUGCUGACCGAGGUCCAAGUGGAGGAGCAUGGGUCAGCUCCUCUGGAUCUGGAGCCAAUAGACACAGUAGCUGAGCUGUCUCUUUCUCAAGAGGAUUACCAGGCUCUGCUGGAUAUGCUCUGA